AAUGUUCACGUCGAUUUCUUCUGCUGUAUCUAGCGCAUACAGCAAUUUUUCUUCAUUCAAUAAGUCGCUGCCACCGCGACGCCACAUUAUUUUUCUUGUGCGAAAAACUAGAACAAUGUCUUUCGAAUAUUUGGAAAUAAAAGAUUCAGUUUACAAAACCACUUGUGAGCAAAGGAAUGAAGAGGGUUAUAUCCUAGUCGAACCGAAGGAUUAUAACCAGAUUCCUGUAACAUUGCCACAUUGGAAACCAGAACCGUGUUGUUUGAAUGAAAGGUUUAAAAAUCUUGCAGAUCGGAUAAAACACAUGAAUGUUCGAGCAGAUGACGUAUGGUUGGUAACAUAUCCAAAGAGUGGGACUACCUGGUGCCAAGAAAUGAUUUGGCUUAUCUGUAACGACCUCGAUUACGAGAGUGCAGACAAUCUACAGCUCGACGAAAGAUUUCCCUUUAUGGAAAUAAAUGGCCUUCGCGAUCUUCUUUCUGGUAGAGACUAUUAUCAAACUGUCCUAUCGAUGAAAUCGCCCAGGUUCAUCAAAACUCAUUUACCGGUAGGGUUUCUCCCGGAUCAAAUUUGGUGUGAAAAACCGAAAUUAAUUUACGUUAAACGAAACCCGAAAGCGGUAGCUGUUUCUUACUAUCACCAUUCGGUUUCGCUGCACGGUUACAAAGGCACACUGGACCAGUUUGUUCUUUCCAUGCUGAACGAACUUCAGUACUACUCACCGUACCAUCGCCAUGUGUUGGAAUACAACAAUCUCGAGUAUGGAGGUGCUAUGUUGCAUUUGUGUUUCGAGGAUAUGAAAAAGGAUCUAACCGGAACACUGAAGCAAGUUUGUCAAUUUUUCAAUAAACUUUACUCCGACCAACAACUUGCUAAGUUAGCUCAACAUUUGUCAUUUGAGUCGAUGAAGCAUAACCCUACCGUUAAUCGACAAAGCUAUGUGGAACACCUUCUGAAAAUAACUGAUCGAGACGAUAAAAUAAAUGAUGCCAAUUAUCAAUUCAUGCGUCGUGGAGAAUCCACCGGAUGGAAGAACGAACUGAGUACCGAACUGUCACAAAGGAUAGACCGAUGGACAGAACAGAAUGUAGGCGACCCGAAACAGAGAGAGCUUUUUCGCUGUGAAUAGGAAUGAUUGACUGUACCUUUCGGUUAGACUACCGCAGUUUUGUUUAAUUAAAUUUCAAUAUUUGACCGGCAUGUGUAAAUUGUUUGAGUGUAAUAUUAAGGAAGAAAAAUAUCAAACUAAUUAAAUUUGUAA